UACAGGAGGAGCAGCCGGAGUGGUUGCACUGUUGCACAGGAAGCUGUCAUUCCCAUUUCCCUCCUCUGGAUGACAGCUGCCCCCUCCCUCCUCCCCGGCAUGUAUUGGGUUGCAGAGGGAAGCGAGGGCACCAGACAUGGGAUCUAAACUUGUCCGCGCUGUGAGGAACUUUAAUGUGGAGAACAGAGCGCAGCGGAUCUUGGAGAGGGAGAAGCCCAGCCCGGCGCCUAUGUACCCGGCCGCAAACAAGACGCUACAGGCGGUCAUCUCACAGCAUCCUGACAUCCAGGAUAAAAUUCACAACAAGGAUGAGAAGCUCUUAUCACUGCUAAAAGAAGUUUAUGUUGAUUCGACAGACCCAUCGUCUGAGGUAAAAGAUGAACUACAGGCAUCUGAGCAAGGAGAGUUCAGACUUCCUAACCAGAUACUGAAGAAUAUGGCUUCUGGAAUUGAUGUUGACAAAAUUCAAAAAGGAAACAUUUCUUUUAUUGAGGCUUUGACCGUUUUACACAAUUACAAACUAUCCCCAAAAACGUGGACGAAAGAGCGAAUAGCAAAAGAGUACAGCUUAAAUAUGAAGGACACGCAGUCCAUGCUGGAGUAUUUUAAACCGUUUGAUAUAACAAUCAUUCCACCAAAAGAUAAAAAACAAAUCACUGAAGAAUAGGACUGCUACUGUAUAUGCUAUGUAGAAGGUUUAUCAUUACUGUUGUCUGCAUUUAUGCCUGUACAUUUAUACUUGAGAAAUAAAAAUGUUAUUUUGAAAGCA